ACCUUACUAGUUCAGCAUUCUCUUUGGACAAGUGGAGGUCCCGAACUAGGUCAUUUAAUUCAGGUUGUUCGAUUAAAUGGGGUGUUCUUCCUUCUCUCUCGGGAAAAUAAGGAACGUCUUUUUCUGGCACAUCAUGGGAACCUGCCUGUUCAUCAUACAUUUCCAAAUCUUCCUUUCAAUUUGCUGGGGGUGUUGGAACUGGUAAAAUUUCUCCAUGAAGAAGCAGCCUUCUUGCAGAAGGAAUAUCCGGAUAUACAAUGUGUGUUUGCUGUUUCUUGGAAAACCAGACACGUUUAUCAUGCAAAAAGUAACAGUCGUUGUAAUGAUUUGUUGUUUCUCGCCAAAUCAUUGGAACUGCAAAAGGCAUAGAAGAGCGUUUGCUAUUUAACCAGUUACUUAGAUUUGCUGCACAGGUUUGGCAACAUACGUGAGGAGCCCAAUCCCGAUCUUGAUGACCAACAACACAUCCAAAAUACUUAUGGAGGAUGUUUCCUGUUGUUAAAGUAACAGCGGCUGGUUUGGAUCCCAAAGCAAUGUACACGGUCCUUUUAGAAUUCGUUCAAAUCGAUCCUCACAGAUGGAAAUACGUCAACGGAGAAUGGGUUCCUGGUGGUAAAGCCGAAGUACCGCCUGCCAACCCCAUUUACAUCCACCCAGAAUCUCCGAAUUUUGGAGCACAUUGGAUGAAAGAGUCGAUAUCUUUUGCCAAGGUCAAACUAACCAACAAAUCCAAUGGCAACGGCCAAAUAAUGCUGAACUCCCUCCACAAAUACGAGCCCAGGGUUCACCUGGUUCGAGUAGGUAACGAACCUAGACGAGUGUUGACAUUUCCGUUUCCGGAGACGCAAUUCAUCGCUGUGACAGCAUAUCAGAACGAAGAGGUGACGUCGCUGAAGAUAAAAUAUAACCCGUUCGCCAAAGCGUUUCUGGACGCCAAAGAAAGACCGGAUAACCUCUUCAAUCAGCGAGAGUUGUCCAGCAGUUACGGACAACAGCAGACGCAGUAUUCACAAUAUGGAUCUUGGUUCAUCCCCCACCAGCCAAUGUACGGAACGGCUCAAAUGUCGCCAUGUCAGUUUCGAUCUAGCCCGACGCUGAAACGACAAAAGUCAGCCCCGUACCCUGUUCAAAGGCAAAAGUCGGCUUCCGUUUCUCCUCCACCACACGUGUACAAUCCUCCCGACCACAUUCAACAACAACAACCUCUGUACAGCUCAAAUGGACCCACGUACACCAGUUGGCCAGCAAUGACUUCCAUGCAAACUCAGACCCCCUCUCCCAUAGUGAGUAGUCCCAUCAACUGUUGGUCACUGACUUCUAGUCCGCCACCUCCACAUCAAGUCUCGUCGCAACCGAACCCAAGUCAAUCACCUACCCAUCAAGUCUACCAGCAAUCACCUAUAGCCAGCAUCACCAACCUGUCUUAUCCUGGAUUUUAUUCGGACAUACCUUAUCAAGGGCCGGAAUACGUUUCGAUAGUGAAUUCGGAAGUAACAUAUGCCCAGAUUGGAGUGGACCGAACUACUCCGAUUUACCACUCCGAAACGACUAGUUUAGAAAAGAACGAGUAUGAACGUAGCACCCCCAUUACAAGUAGUAGCGUGGAAGAUAGGCCUGCUUCUGCUCCCGUAGUUCCACGCCAAGAAUGGGUUCCGCUUGGUCAUUUACAAAAUUAGUUUUUGGAAUAAUUCUAUGGGAAAUGAAUAAAUCUUUUGAGGAUUCUCUGAAACGAGAAAUUUUCGUAUCGAAGGACAAAAAAUACAUUUUGCUGAUACCCUAUUCCAGUAAUUACAAUAAGAUAUAAAAGUAAAAACGAGCGGUACUUGCCCUAAGAUCAAAUAAAAAAUUUGAGGAAAAUGUACCUACACGGACUGUUCAUUUCAUAAAGAACCUAUAACAGCUUACGAAUUUGCAGUUGUAUAUACAAAUUAGAAUUAGAAUUUCGUUUAAUUGUGUUUUAAAUAAAUUACUAUUUAUAUUAAA